CUCCAUCUAUAUACCACAAUAUCUCUAGACCCUAUAGCAUCUUCCCUUUCCCCCAUCUCUCUCUUUCUCUCAAACAUGUACAAAUCCCAACACGAAAAUGAUAUGGCACUCAUGACCUAAUCACCCCAUCCCGCCUCCUCUUCCUCCUUUCCCUUGAAACCGACACAACAAGAUUCCAUUGCUAGCUACAAUGAGCACUCCUCCACCCCCUCUUCCCGAGGCUUGUUCUAUUACUAUGGCAGUUGCUCCUGAUCUCUCCCUGCACAUCAGCCCUCCGUCGCCGGACACGGCGGUGGGCCACAACGGCGAGGUGCGGCUGGGGCUCCAUGAGUCCGCGGCAAAGAGGCACCGUGGCCUGGAGGAGAUGCUGCACCAGCCGAACAAGGCCCAUGGGUUCAAGAAGAGCUCAUGUCCUGACGUUGGCGGCGGCGCUGUGGCAAGGCCAGCAGCUGGUGGCCGGAAGAGGAGCUCGAGGGCUCCUAGGAUGCGGUGGACCACAGCGCUGCACGCACACUUUGUGCGUGCCGUGGAGCUCCUUGGUGGCCAUGAGAGAGCAACACCAAAGUCAGUAUUGGAACUGAUGAACGUGAAGGAUCUUACACUCGCUCAUGUUAAGAGCCACCUGCAGAUGUAUAGAACAGUGAAGGGCACAGACAGAUCAUGCGUUGCAGGCCAUGGCCAGACCAGAGAUAUGGGCUUUCUGAGAAGGGUUGUCGCUGGUGAUGAACUGAUCAAUGGCUUUGAUGGGUUCAACAGCAACAUGGUCAACACCACUUCCAAUUAUACAACUCCUAGGAGGUCAGAGUCACCAGCUGGAGAGCAGGGCCAUCACGAUGCUUGGAGGACACAAGCGGCGGCAGCAGCAGCAACAACAACAAUAAUGGUGCCACCUUACCUGACGACCUCCGAACCUCAUGAUAAUGAACACAUCAUGCCGGAGAACGGAAUGGCACGGCCAGCAGCCCCACGCCGUGGAAGGCCGUCACCGAACAACACCAGCAGCAGCGGCAGCGACGACGUCGACGAGACCGAGAGCUUCGGAUGGUUGGCGUUGACGCGGCGGCGCUACGAUGAGGACUGUGCAGGCGACCGUGUGCUGCAAGACGCGGCCAUGGUUAUGGCUCCGAGCCUGGAGAUGAGGCUGGGGAGGCAGGGGUGGGAGCAGAUGGAACCCUCGGCGUCGGCCUCCAAAGAGCUAACCCCGAUAGUCAGGUGCUUGUGAAAUGAUUAUAAUAAGUACUGGUGGGAUUAAUAUGUUGUUGAUUAACUAUUACGCAGUACUCAACAAAAGCAAGAGCAACCAUGUGAACUCAAAAGCUAGCUAGCGAGCUAGUCCUCUGAUCUGUUUUCACUGAGUUUUAGUUAUGGUCUCGUUCACCUGGACAGCCGUUGGAUGAAAAGCAUGCUGAGAUUCUUGCUGUUGUGUA